AUGACUGAUAAUGAUUUAGAGCAACUGGCAACUUUUAUGGGUCAUACAACAGGAGUCCACAAAAAUUUAUAUAGGUUACCGAACGACGUGUACCAGACAGCUGAGGUGUCGAAACUACUACUUUUGAUGGAUAAAGGAAACGCUAGUGAGUUCAAGGAAAAAGCAUUGGAUGGAAAAGAAAUAGAUAUAGAAGAUCUUUUUGAGGAAAAAGAGGAUUUUGUGGAGAGUGAUGAAGAAUUACAUCGUUUCAAUGAAGAUAGUGGCAUGAAUAAUGAAGCGGGACCAAUUGAAAUAGAAACAGCAAUUAAUGAUAGUCCAAAAACGACAUCAAAAAAAUUUAAACGAAUCCUAAUCCCAUGGACGGUUGAGCAGAAAGAAAUCGUGAGAGAAUUGUUCAAAGAUAAUAUUGAGAAGAAGAUACCACCAAAGAGAUAA